CAAUUAACAUAUGAAUUUGACUAACUUAAGAGCGGGUAGAAGAAAGGAGGGAGGAGGGCGGACAUUGAGCAGGCUCCUGAGUCUUGAGUAGGCAGGAACUUUUCUCCGGGUGUAAAAACUCUUUGAUUGGCUGCUCGCACGCGCCUGCCGGCGCCCUCCAUUGGCUGAGCAGACACGCGACCGGCGCGAGGAGGGGGCUGGGAGAGGAGCGGGGGGUGGGGGGGUGACACACUGGCGCGUGCCGCUUUUUAAAGGGGCGCAGCGCCUUCAGCAACCGGAGAAGCUUCGUUGCACGCGACCUGGUGUGUGAUCUCCGUGUGGGUGGGGGAGGGUCGAGGAGAAAAAAAAAAUAAGACAUUGCUGUAGGGACCCAGGAAGGGUUUUUGUUGUAGUUGACCUGGUUUGCCAGUGCCUCCUCCGUCCCCGUGCCUCCAAGCCUCUGAAGUGCAAUGUCCCGCCUGCUGCACGCAGAGGAGUGGGCUGAAGUAAAGGAGUUGGGGGACCACCAUCGCCAUCCCCAGCCUCACCACCUGCCGCAGCCGCCGCCGCCACAGCCACCUGCGACCCUGCAGACGAGAGAGCAUCCCGUCUACCCGGCGGAGCUGUCCCUCCUGGACAGCACCGACCCACGCGCCUGGCUGGCUCCUACUUUGCAGGGCAUCUGCACGGCACGCGCCGCCCAGUACUUGCUGCAUUCCCCCGAGUUGGGUGCCUCUGAGGCUGCGGCGCCCCGGGAGGAGGCAGACGGCCGGGGGGAGCUGGUGAGGAGGAGCGGCGGCGGCGGCGGCGGCGGCGGCGGCGGUAGCAGCAGCAAGAGUCCUGGGCCAGUGAAAGUGCGGGAACAGCUGUGCAAACUGAAAGGCGGGGUGGUAGUGGACGAGCUGGGCUGCAGCCGCCAGCGCGCCCCUUCCAGCAAACAGGUGAACGGGGUGCAGAAGCAAAGGCGCCUGGCGGCCAACGCCAGGGAGCGACGCAGGAUGCACGGGCUGAACCACGCCUUCGACCAGCUGCGCAACGUUAUCCCGUCCUUCAACAACGACAAGAAGCUGUCCAAAUACGAGACCCUGCAGAUGGCCCAGAUCUACAUCAACGCCUUGUCCGAGCUGCUACAAACGCCCAGCGGCGGGGAGCAGCCGCCACCGCCGCCAGCAUCCUGCAAGAGCGACCAUCACCACCUUCGCGCCGCCGCCCCCUACGAAGGCAGCGCUGGCACCGCGACCGCGGCGGGGGCCCAGCCAGCCUCCGGAGGGGGCCAGCGGCCGACGCCGCCUGGAAGUUGCCGGACUCGCUUUUCCGCCCCGGCUUCCGCGGGAGGAUACUCGGUGCAGCUGGACGCUCUGCACUUCUCGACUUUCGAGGACAGCGCCCUGACGGCGAUGAUGGCGCAAAAGAACCUGUCGCCUUCACUGCCCGGGGGCAUCCUGCAGCCGGUGCAGGAAGAAAGUAGCAAAACUUCGCCCCGAUCCCACAGAAGCGACGGGGAGUUUUCCCCCCAUUCCCAUUACAGUGACUCAGAUGAGGCAAGUUAGGAAGGUGACAGAAACCUGAAAACUGAGACAAACAAAAUCGCCCUUGCCCAAUGAGCUGAAAGCCCCAUGGUUAAAGAUCCCCGCACCCUUUUAAUUUUUGCUCUGCGAUUGUCGUUGUUUAGCAACGACUUGGCUUCAUAUGGCAGCUAUAUUUGAUGGUUUGCAAAAGCCGCCGCUAUUUCAAACUUCCUAGGGUCCAUAUUAAUGAAAACUUGCUGUUAAAGUUCUGUUCUUUCCUCCCACCCUCUCCCCCUGUAAGUUGAUAGGUAUACUUGUAUGUACCCAAAUAUGGCAUCAUUUUUCUAGUUCCCUGCUGCCAAUACGCUGCUAAAACGUCGCGUUUUCUUCUCUGUCGCUGGUUUGUGUUUUAAUUUAUUUUAUGCCCUGGGCAUUCAUCCCUGUGUGUUGCGCGCACUCGCUUGUGGGAGAAUUAAUAUUCCGAAAUAUUUUCUCAAAAUGUAUCAUGAAACGCAAAGUUAAUGGCUCCAAAGUGAAUAACUUUUGACUAUGGAACGUUAGAAAACAGGGAACUCUUAGGUUUAUAUACUGUAUAAACAUACCCAGUAUGUAUAUCGGAUAGCGAUAAUGUUGGCGUCUUUUAGGAAACUUGACGCACGCACUUUAUCAGCCGCUACUACUGCGGUUUCAGGACAAACUCAACUGCCAAUUGCAGACCAGUUUUGUGUUGUUGUUAUUGUUGUUGUUGUUUCAAACACGGCCACUUAUAAUCCUUAACUUCUUUGCAAAUGUUUGUUUAAAAAACUAAAAUAAAAAAAAAUCCAGUAGUGUCAAAGCAUUUGGUCAAUUUUACUUUGCUUUGUUAAUGUUAGGAAACUUAUUUAUUAUUGAUUGUUUGCUACCAUUUCUACUUAUCUUGAUUCAUUUUUUUACAUUUUUCUACUCGAGAUCAUUUUAUUUUAAUUUAGCAAAGCCAACUGCCAUUGUUUUAUGUAUUUUCUUCUGCAAGUGAUAAAAAUAAACAUGGAAAUAACUGUAUUUGUCACUUAUUCCAUUCUAA